AUGGAUCGAUAUAAUCUUCUUUUUUGUCUGUUCUCCUUGGCUACCAUCAGCAGCAGCAGAACGAUUCCAUUUGAUCCAGAAAACUUUGAUGACUUCACUCCGACUUCUAUAGGCUAUAUAAAGGAUAAUUGGAAUGUCUAUUUUAGCAAUGAGAAAGUUGCUGAUGCAUCAGCACACUCAUUUCAAGAUCUUGGCUUUGGAUAUGGCAAAGAUGCAUGGUAUGUGUUUUAUUUCGGCGAAAAAAUACCAGAUGCGAAGCCUUCAUCAUUUCAAAUAUUUCAACCCUACACUGGUUACACCAAAGAUGUAUGGUUUGUAUAUUAUUUUGGAAAGAAAAUACCAGAUGCGAAGCCUUCAUCAUUUCAAAUACUUAGACCCUACGCUGGUUACACCAAAGAUGUAUGGUAUGUGUACUAUUUCGGAAAGAAAAUACCAGAUGCAAAGCCUUCAUCAUUUCAAAUAAUUCAACCUUACGUUGGUUACACCAAAGAUACAUGGAAUGUAUAUUAUUUCGGAGAGAAAGUGUCAGAUGCUGCUGCUCAUUCAUUUCAAUCCCUUGGUAAUGGCUACGGUAAAGAUAGCUGGUCAAUGUAUUUUCAUGGAAAGAAAAUGAAGCGAUAUCCCUGAUGAAGAAUUGAGGACCUCAUUUGAAAAUUUUGUUUUUGAUUUAUUUUAUCCUGUAGUUCAACACUUUUAAUGAACGAACAAAAACCUAAUGCAUUAAAAUUUUUUUUUUCAAUCGUUGCAAAAUGGUCGGAUAACUUCUUUCAUUCUAUUCGAACAUUCUGGUUGUGGAUGCAGGUGUCGCAUCAGAUAUUUGAAGUUUUCACCAACUCUUACAUCCACCCAUAUCCGCCCUUCUUAUCCACAUUCACUUUUAUCAGCGCUCACCUGCAUCCACCCAUACCCAUAUUUUGUACUUCCACCAAAGUUGAGUUUUGCCCAAAAUAUAAAUAAAAAUAUUGAAAUUUCAGCGAUCAUUCGGAUGAUUUUUGUAUCAAAACUAAUUUUAAAUCAUUAAAAACCAAACAUUUUAAAUUAAUUUUCUGAGAUUAAAAGCGGUAGAAUUUUGAUCCAGUUUCAUGUGUUUUAUCUUGAUUAUAAUCGACUUCUUCAUGAUUACUAAAUCAAUUUUAAUAAAAAAGUAAUCAAAAUUUUAUAUGAAAUUUCGAUACUUUUAAUUAGUUUUUGAUUUUAAUCGAUUUUUCACAUCAAAUGUUUUUACACGAACCACACUGAUCUUCCUUCUUGCUCAUAUGUAAGCGGUUCGUAUGCCUUCAUGUUUUUUUUCCUUUAUGAAAGCGUUUCGGCGAUGUUCUAACAGCUCGCCGCAAACUACGGGAUGGCGCCAUGCUAUAGGGACGGAACUGCACAGACUCGCAGUUUAUGUUUUCAAAGACUUCUGCAUCCCUUAUCAACUCCUCAAGUAUUUUAAUUCUUUUUCAACUUUUACCAAACGUCGAUUAACUGGAUUGUGAUUUACCAUUCGAUUCUUCAAAAUCGAUUACUUUUAAUGAUGAAUCACAUAAGUUAUUUAUAAAAAUGAAAAACAACGCAUUUUAAGUGCCAUCAUUUCCUCUAAACUUAUUUCGGAUCAACGAUGUUAGUAUUUCACUCGACUUCUUUUUUUAUAUAAAAUCGUAGCAAAAAAGACAACGUCGAUGACUUACUUCCAACUUCACAACAGAUAUUUUCAGGGGAUUAUGCCAAGGGGGAAAAAGCAGAUCCUGGUAGAUCCUAGUGACUCCUGAUGGAUUCUGGUGGAUCCUAAUGGAUCCUAAGGAACUGUAGAAUAAAUUAUUUGAACUGUGCCGAAGAAAAAGUGGAAGAAACUGAUCAUUAUCAACGCUAGUGUUAUUUAGUGUUCCAUGAAAUGAAAGAAAAAAAGGGCAAAGUAUCUUCAGACUUUGUGACUAACAACCCAGGACGAUGAUUACGACCGCUGUAACGACCAAAAACGAUAACGUAUACUGUCGUUUCAUAUAGUUUACGAUCGUAUAUAGACAUAAAUUAACGUUUUGGUAGCGACAGUAUUACGACCGUUUUUUAUCGCAUGGUAUACGAUUAUCAAUGGUCGUAAAACAGCCUGAAAAUCAAGUAUCCGAUCGUUUACGAUCAUUUACGAUACGAUGAAAUACAGCCGUAAUACUAUCGCUGCCAAACAGGCGAAAAAUGCUCCCCCACGGCCGUUUACGACCGGCCUU